AUGCGCUUCGUCUUGACCCUGCUGAUCCCGAUGGUGGUGCUGGCGGGUAGAUGGUGUCCACCCGGGUCUUUUGACGUUCCGCAACAGAAUGAAUGUUUGCAUACCGAAAGUGCACCCAACACCUUCAACGUGGCCAGCCUCAUCUGCGGGUAUCUUGGCGGCGGACUCGUCAAGGUCACCAACGGCUUUGUCAACAACCUCGUUGCCGGCCAAGCGCUAGCUACCCUCGGCGGCCAGAAGGCCUUCAUCGGCAUCGUCAAGUCUGGGCAGAAUAACUGGACCUACGUCGACGGAAGCCAGCUAACAUACCAGAACUGGCAGCAAGGACAACCUGGCCAGGAGAACGGACAGUGCGCCGUCAUCGACCCCGUUUCGCUCCAAUGGGUUACCCAGGAUUGCAAGAGCUCGCUUAGUUACUUCUGCACUAUCCCCGAUAUUGCCACCCCUUGCCCGAAUGGCUGGACCUACUUCUACGACACCGAGUCCUGUUACCUCGUCCACCAAACCUCGGACCCGCUGUACACCUACAGCUCUCAACGUGCCGAGGCUGAGUGCGCAAAGCUAGGCACGCACCUCGUCUCCAUCCACAGCGAGAAGGAGAACAGCUUUGUCAAGAGGAUUAUUGCCACCGACAACGCCGACAAGCAACACUGCGAUGUGGCAGAGGUGGCCAUUGGGUUGACGUGCAGCAACGCUGCGUUCAGCUGGACUGACGGCUCGCAAAUCGACUACAGGGAUAACGCAUCGCUGUGCAGCUCCCAGAACUGGGUCUAUGGGAUGAUCAACGACCCUUACUGCAACACGACCCAGUACCAAAAAUGGGACGAGUGGCAGAUCAACCAACAGUUCUCACGCUACGUCUGCAAGAUGGCGGCUCAU